ACUUUAUUGCCCAAGUCCGUUUCUUUUUUUAAUCACUGUUUAACUCGGAACUCUGUCUCCCUCGCUGUCGGAUGACAUGUCAAACAACAGUGCCAACAGCAGUAACCUGGUUAUUGCCCAAAAAGCCGUAAAACAACUACGGCUUGAGGCGAGCAUUCGCCGGGUAAAGGUUUCCCAAGCUGCUGCUGAUCUGAAGACCUUUUGCUUGCAAAAUGCCUCUAAGGACCCACUGCUUGUAGGCGUUCCAUCUAGUGAUAACCCCUUUCGACCCCCAAAAUCCUGUGCGCUCUUCUGAGGACUGAGGAAGAAGAAAUGAAGGACUUAAAAACACUUUUUUCAUUUGCGCUUCCUACACCCUCACAGCUGGAUCAACACUAUGCUUAGAUUUACAAUGGCCUAUUGUGUGAGAACCUACUUCAGGUUUGGUUUUAACUUCAUGAUAUUCUCAUAUUGUCUGCAUUCAUUUAAACCUUAAGGAGAUAUGGCUUUGAAUACAGUAAUUUACUGAAGAAAUGAGGGUGCAUGCAGGCAUAAAAGAUUCAACAGCCUGCACGGAGUCUCAUUAGUGCCAGGAAAAAAGACACUGAUGAUAUUCCAUGUAAGAAUUCUCAGACCCUCAAUGUAAACACCUAACUUUCUUGCCUCCUUUUUUCUUAAAUGUUGUUACUCUCUUGUUUUAUAUUUACUUUGCAAAACAUUCAAAAUCAUUGGAUAGAUGGCAACCAAUUGGACACUAUUACACUGUAUGUAAAUUUUUAAAGAGUUUUCCAAGUCAUCUUAAAUCAAUGUCAGAUGGUUAAAUGGGUUUUAGUAGAUCAAAUUUGGAUCUUUAACUGGCAUAGUUCACCAUUGCUAGUUGGUUGUAAACAGAUUGCAGGAAAGCCAGUUUUAUGCCAUAUUCAUCAAGGUGCAACAAACCUGUAGUGGAUUUUGUGACAAUUAUGGACAGCACACUGACCACAUGAGCAGAGUCAAUAAUUUAAAUUAUCAAUAAUAUAACAUUUAUUGGAAUGUCAUACUUGUUGAUAAAACAGAAUGAAUUAUAUAUUCUGUUGCAAUGGCAGAGGAGAUCUUUAAUCUUAGGUCCUUUGAGAUCAAGUUCACUGCCUUUUAUUGUAUUCAAUUACUCUGAAUACUGAAGGAGGUACAGUUUUGAAUCAUAUUACUGUUGUUGGUUCAUAUUACUGUAUUAUUUGGUGUUUGCUACAUGUAGUGCCAAGCUUGGAAGGGAAAAAACACUCAGAUAAAAGUACAUGAAUCUGUGCUAAAAAGUGUAAUAUGCUAUUGAAACAUAGCACUUACUUAAUUACAUAAUUUAUGUAAUUCCUGAAAAACAAUACCUCUCUAAAGGUUUUUUGUGACAUUUAAUACAUGAAUACUGCACACCUACUUGAAAUGUUAGUCAGCCACAUCAUACACUCACAUACUGUACACUAAAGCCUUUACUGGUGUGUAAACAUUUUAUUGAAUAUUAGGUCAUUUUUAUUGAAUAUUAUUAACAAUAUGGCAAUGUGGCUUUUGCAGUGUGGCUUUUUAAAAGACAGCAGUAUAACACAUUCCCAGUGGAAUCAUUCCAGAAGGACUGUUGCAUCAAAGUCACGCAUUCCUAGCCUAAAGAGCCCUGCUAAGCCAAAAAAAAA